AUGGCCGUUGAACCAAGGAUCUUAUACCAGACCGGCAGAGUCUUUAAGCAAACUCUUUACGAUAGUAGACGUUUUCUUUCUACUUUACAGCCGAACAACAUUACUUUCUGUAUCAUUCUGCCUCUUAUUGGAUUCUUGUGGAGCUUCUUCCAGUUGUUAUCUCAUCAAACAUUUAUCUUGGGAGGAAUAUUAUAUAUAAUAUCUGGCGUUGGUAUCACGGCUGGUAAUGUUCAGGGCUCAAUAUUGAACUGGUGCCAAAUGCAUCGUGCCCACCACCGUUAUGUGGAUACUCCAAAAGACCCGUACAAUGUGAGCAAGGGCAUAUGGUGGUCUCACAUGGGAUGGCUGAUUUUCAAACCUGAUCCUGACUCGAAAGGGCAUGUUGAGGUUUCUGAUUUGCUCCAGGACCAAGUAGUGAUGUGGCAACACAGAAACUUCCCCUUUCUGUGCCUUUUCACUAGUUAUGCUCUUCCUUUUCUUAUUGCCAGAUUUGGAUGGAACGACGGACUAGGCGGCCUUCUCUAUGCCGGCAUCAUCCGAGUAUUCCUCUUCCAACAGGCAACUAACUGUGUCAACUCGUUGGCACAUUGGCUCGGAGAUCAGCCGUACGCAGAUGCAACAUCGCCAAGGGAUCACAUUUUCACUGCGCUAGUUACCUUUGGAGAAGGCUACCAUAACUUCCACCAUGAGUUCCCCGCUGAUUACCGGAAUGGUAUUAGGUGGUUUGACUAUGACCCUACUAAAUGGUGUAUAUCGCUUUGGGGUUGGCUGGGUUUGGCAAGUCAUCUACAGGAGUUUGAAGCUAAUGAGAUUAACAAAGCCAUUUUUCAACAGAAAUGGAAGCUGAUCGAGCGGCUCAAGUGUCAAAUCAAUUGGGGCCCUCCGGCGGAUACACUCCCUAUCUACUCUUGGUCUGAGUACGAAGCUCUCUGUAUUAAUCAUGGCGGCUCCAGGCAUUUGAUCUGUAUCUCAGGGGUCAUCUAUGAUGUUGAACGAUUCAUUGAGAGUCAUCCGGGCGGUAGAGCUCUCCUGGUCGCACACAUUGGCAAGGAUGCUACUGCAAGCUUCCAUGGUGGCGUUUAUAAACAUUCCAAAGCUGCUAGCAACUUGUUAGAUAAUAUGCGUUUUGGAGUUGUCCGUGGAGGAGGUCAAGUGGAAGAAGCAAGUAAGCGUUAG